UAAAUUCAGUUUGUGGUUAGUCCGCUAUAAGAACAGAGCUUUUUUUUCUGGACGCGCAAAGUAAAUGGAUACAUAAAUAAAAGUGGUUCACGAUCUUCUAUUUGCCAAUUAUACCACAAAGCAAAUAAAAAUUAUUUAUAUAGGAAUAUAUAAUUCAGUAAUUCUUUUUAAAUUUGUAUAUAACUAAAAUUUAAAUAUGUUGCAAAAUGAUGCGGUUCGGAAUUUACAAUUCGACAGCGAAAUUCGCGUUGCACAACAAAAUAACACGGAACCGAGAGUCUACGAUGGGCCUAUCAGUAUAACCUCACAGCCAACAACAUCUCCCGAACGCAUACCGUUGCCUCUACCUGUCUCAACGAUUGGUGGCAGCUUGGCCACUCAUCGCAGCUUUAGUAUACCGAUGACAGGUUUUGAUUUUCUAACUGAAUUGCCCUCUGUGCAUAUUGAACAAACAUUUGAAUUGAAUGAGUCCUUGACUUCCGUGUCCUCCGAAAACCGCUAUACCGUACGCUCGCCACUAGGAGAUGCUAUUUAUUCUGCUUCAGAGAGUUCAACUUCGAGAAAUCGGCUACUUUGCGGUGCUGGUAGACCAUUUCAAAUGCAUAUAUUGGAUAAAACACAUCAAGAGGCGAUACUGCUACGUAAACCAUUGGCUCUUGGUGCAUUUUGUUGUCACCCGGUCAAUUUGGAGGUUUGGAUACCUCCGGGUAAUUUAUUAGGGCGAAUAGUAAAUUCGCCGGCUUUUUUGAAGCCGGAAUAUUUCAUACAAGAUGGUGUUACCGGUGAGCCAACCUUUUGCAUUGAAGGUCCGGAAAACUCGGGUUUCUGUUGUUUUUGUUUGCCGAAGGAGUCUUUCUUUAAGAUUCACUCCGGCGGUGAUUUGCGCGCAUCCAUAGACCACAAGUGGAUAGCUGGUAAAUCACAAUAUACAACCAACGUGUACUUUAGUGACACCAAAUUGUCGGCUAAGGAUCGUGCCUUAAUUUUGGGUGCUGCGUUUUUGAUGGAGUAUAUGUACUUUCAAACUAGACUCUGACCGUGUACCUUGAGCAGUUUGGGUUAUUCAUUUCCUACGAACAUUCAUAUGAAUCUAAUUCAAGGAUUAAGGUUUUAAAUGAAAGUCAUUGCGUUCGACAUUUUUAUUGAUAUUCUUUAAUUUCAUUUUUAUUGGCCAUUGUGCUAUGCAUAUGCACUUAUACUUAUGCCUAUAUACAUACAUACAUAUAAUGUAACGAUAUCUAUUGAAUAAUAAUUAUGUUUAUUUACAAUUAUAUAAUAAUCACUUGUUUGAAUUUCGUUUCUUAGAUUGUAUACCUUUUAUAUGUAUGUACAUAUAAGUAUAUAGUUCUUUAAAUAGCAGCUGUAAAACAAUCAUAUAUAUUUUUGAUUAGAAUAAUACGUAAAUACUAUAUUUAUUCAUACAAAAAAAAAAAAAAAAUAA